UAUAUUUUGAAAUUCUCUGUGAUGUCCCUUUUAUGGAGAAUCACAGAAAUUAUUCAAAGGCCCAUUUUUGUCUUUCUACCUUUAUUUUGGUUAUUGACAGCCGGUCAACAUAUUGUCACUGCCGCAGCUUUAGCAACAAUUGCAAGACUUUAUUGUAUGAGUUGUGUUAAAGUGGAAAGUGAUACAACAGUGUUAGACCAAUUUCGGGUACGUCAAGGUUUGCCUUUGCCUGUAUGCGAAAUGGAACCGUUAGAAUGCGAACCUCAUCAAGACACUUGCGUUACAAUUUCAAUGCAAAUAACGUAUAGGAAAUAUUGGGUUGGAAGUGGUUGUGACCAGAGAGUUAACUAUGGUAUUUUAAAUAAAUCUUUUGAAUUAAAAAUAUUUUUAAAGACUUCCCCAUAG